UUAUGGAAACUGUGAACAGGAGUAUGUGGAGAUGAGGAACUCAAACACAUUUCCCAUCAGUUCUGAGUGUGGAUCAUGUGCCUCGUGGGGUUUACUGCUGGGGGCGGGACUUACUGUGUUUACAUUUCUGAGUGUUGCGUUCACGGCGCCUCCUACCGGACAGUGCUCAAGCGCGGCACACAAACAUGGCAGCUGGAGUCAGGAUGCGGACGUGGAGCUGUCCGACCACAGGAGUUUUCCGUUCCUGCUUGGUCUAUUUUCUAGUUUUAAUAAGUGGCUUAGAGGAAGUCGUGGCAGCGCCAGAGAUGGGCCUUUGGACAAUAACAGUUGUUAAUACCUCAAGACCGCUGCAGUUAAGAAAAUCCAUGUUUAAAGGUACAGAUAUUGAAUUAAAAGUUGCGUCUUUCCAUUGUCCUGAGGAAGUGACCUUCACCGUCCACUGGUUCCUAAAAUAUUACCCCUGCCACAAUGAAUUCAACAAUCUAGAAGAAAUGUACGACAAAACGCCUUUAAGCCACGGGGAGACCCUGGACCCGAAUCCUCUCGGGCAGGGAGAGUACAUCGAGCAUAAACACAUUCCUAUGAAGUGCAAGGAUGGACUAAGCUCAUUCCAAAUGUUUAAAAAAGCCAAGGCAAACCCACUUCCUGCCAGUCCACCUGACGAGCAUCUGAUGCAGGAUGAAAAUUAUACGAAGUGGCUCACAGAGGAAUACGACAGCAGCUCCUCGAAGGAAGGCACAGUGAAAAUUAGAGAUGGGGUCAUCGCCACCACAUGGAGGGAUGGACCUUACCUGCUGGUUGUUAAGGUUUUAUCCAGCAAAGAGGCCAACUGGAAUUUAACAUUCAGUGUGGUGAUGAAAGGCAGCCAUGGCUUUAUUUCUGUCACAGAGUGGCCACUAAUGAUUUUCUACAUGGUCAUGUGUGUGGUGUACAUCCUCUACGCCCUGCUGUGGUUCCUCUGGGCGGCCUGUUACUGGAAGGAUCUGCUGAGGAUCCAGUUCUGGAUAGCAGGGGUCAUCUUCCUGGGGAUGGUGGAGAUGGCGGUGUUCUGUGCCGAAUAUGAAAACACCAACACUGUUGGCUGGGCUUCUCCGGGUCUGUUGAUCUUCGCCGAGCUGGUCUCAGCCCUGAAGAGGACUUUGGCUCGUUUGCUGGUCAUUAUUGUCAGCCUGGGAUAUGGGAUUAUAAAGCCUCGACUGGGGACUGUGAUGCACAGAGUUGUGGGCCUUGGCGUCCUUUACUUUGGAUUUGCUUGUGUUGAAGGUGUCCUGAGGAUUACCGGGGGUCGAGACAACGGCCCCGCUCUCAUUACAGCGAUUGUUCUGGCUGUGUUUGAGUCGUGCGCCUUGUGGUUCAUCUUUGUCAGUCUGGCUCAAACUAUCAAGACUCUGAAGUUGAGGAGAAACCCUGUGAAACUGUCUCUCUACAGGCACUUCACAAAUACUUUAAUAUUUGCUGUUCUCGCUUCUAUCAUUUUCAUGGGUUGGGAUGCUAAAAAGUUCCAGUUAGCGAGCUGUCAGUCCGACUGGACGGAGCUGUGGGUGGAGGAUGCUUUCUGGAGAUUUUUGUUCUCCGUCAUUUUGCUCGUCAUCAUGUUCUUAUGGCGACCGUCUGCAAAUAACCAAAGGUACGCUUUCACGCCUCUCAUGGAUGACUCAGAUGAUGAGGAUAUUGAAGAAUUCGUCGCCUCUGCAAAUCUUGCUGAUGGAAUAAAGUUGAGAGCAGCUAAAAAUGAGAUAAACGGCUCAGCAAAACCUGCUGACGCAAACCCAGAUGAAGACCUGAAAUGGGUGGAGGAUAACAUUCCUAGUUCCCUCUCUGAUGUAGCUCUGCCCGUCCUGCUCGACUCAGAUGAGGAAAUCAUGACAACCAAGUACGAGAUGUCGAAGCUGGAAUGAAGCAAAAGCGUUUUGCUGAAGUGGAAGGAAGAACACGGCAGCUUCCCGCUGAAAUAGAAGAAAGGGCUUCCUUCUGGGACGUCCAGACAGGUGGAGGAGGAGUUCACCUUUGGGGUGUCCUCCUGCACAGGCUGCUGGUCAGGAGACACUUUGUGAGGGGACCUACACAUCAUUUUGGUAGCAAUCCCUCUUCACUCAUUUGAUGAGUUUUUCCAAAGAAUUUGUUUGUUUAUGUCAAACCGUGUCUUUUUUUGUCUUUCGUUGGUUUGGUUUUAGGGAAGGUUAGGUGAGGGCCUAGUGCACAAAACUUCCUCCAUAUGUGCUUCUUUAUUGAUGGAUUGUGAUUAAACAAUAUUAAGUUAUUUUACUGUAAACAAAAAAUCUAUAAUUCUAAAGAGUCGACCUACUUUAGAGAUUUUUCUUCACGAUCAGCUCCAGCAUUACGACGUCUUCUGUCACUGAAGAUAUCCAGAAGUUCUUGCAGAAUCGGCUGAAUUUGUUCAGGACAGAGAACAUCCGAGGCUCUUUCAGUGUUGGAUCCUGGGAUAUUCCUGGUUGAUCCUUUGGGGCUUGUGGGUUUUUUGGGUGGAGUCUCUGAGUUGGACAUCACAUCUGGGGAGUUUCAAAGCUGUCCUUCCUGGGCACGCUGCUGUGGCUGCAGCUGCAGUGGAGUGUUUUUCAUUUGUUGGAGAUGAGGAGGUCCAAGUAAUAUCCAGAUUUUUUUUAUUUCUGUUCCUCUUGGAAGAAAUGAGCUCUCAUUAACCUGUCUGGGGUUUUAAUGCUUCGGCUGAUCGCUGUACUAAAGAGGAACGAGCUGCACCGUUUCUGAAUGUGACUUUCUGAAACACUCUUUGUCCCACAAUUACAAUCUGAGAUAAUUGCAACGCUGCAUGAAACCUGAGCUCGUUUUCUCCUCUGCACUUUGAGGGCGUCUGGGGCGUCCACACGUUUCUCCAUUAAAGUAUUUUUUUAACAUCUCAAACUGAAACGAUGUUUUUGAGCUUAUGAGCGUGAGGGCGAUUAUAUAGUUCAUGUUUUGAUUUAAGUCUGAGGUUUGCCUUCAUUUUUCUGACACUACUUUCUAAGGAGUGUAUUCAAAAUAAAAGUAUGUGCUUCUUACUGUUAAGUAAUUUCAUUAUUUAUUUUGUCUUAAGUGUACUUAAUUAAUAAGUAAAUGGUUGUUAAUUCAUGUUUACUGUUGGCGUGUUUGAAGGUUUUUAUUUGUAUAUGUAAUUUGCACACACAGUGCUAAAAUGUCUUUUUUUCCCUGUAUGUUUACAGAUGAAUGACUUUAUAUGAUUCUCAGAAACCUUUUUUUUGUUUGUUUUUUUAAGUUAAGGGUUUAUUGUUGUGAGUUUGGAGUCGGUGAAUUUAAAAUCUGAACUCCCUUUUUUAUUUUUCUGCAUCCUAAAGCAUUUUAUGAGUGUUAAAAACCCUGGAUGGGUUUCUAAUGACGUUUUUGUGUGUUGGAAACCUGCUAAUAUUUGUGCUUUUGAUGGCAGGCCGACGCUAUGUCGUAAACAAGGGCUGCGACUGAGCACAGACUGUUUGUCUGGAUGGAUUUUGGCUGAUUUACUGUUUUCUUUUUUCUAAUUUCACAAGUGUUUGGAUAAAGUGGGAUGAAAGCUGGAUUAAGUCUGUUCAUUACCAGCGUUUUUCUUCGUUCUUCCCUCUCAGGAAGCGCGUUCCGUUAGUUCGCAUUAAAUAUAAUUUGGUAUUGGGAGAACAUUUCCGUAUCUGUCAUUUUUCUGCCAAUAAAAACUCGACUUGGAUUCUAUGA